AUGGGCAUGAUAUUUAAACUCCCUCAGUAGAUUUUUUUUCUAGUGUGUUGCAGGUUCAGUCAAGGAGUUUUUACGCGUCCACCUCGAGGUCCACCAUGCCCACCAAGAACGUCGCUGAUGACCGCAUCUCCAAAUUCAAAAACAAGGGCAAAGAUCCAGCGAAACUUCGUGACAAGAGGAUCAACGAGUGCGUGGAGCUGCGUAAAGCCCACAAGGACGAAAACUUUCUGAAGAGGAGGAACAUCACUCUGUCCUCUCUGCCGGAUGAGGAGGCCCUCUCGCCUGACCACGUCCUCGAUGAGAAGGUGAACUCCCUGACCAUCGAGGAUAUAAUUAAAGAAGUGAACAGCGACUCCAGGGAGUCUCAGACUCGUGGUUGCCAGGCUGCCAGGAAGCUGCUGUCUCGGGAGCGUAACCCUCCUCUGAAGGAGAUCAUCGAUGCAGGGCUGCUGUCCCGCUUCGUGGAGUUCCUGGGUAUGGACGACGAGCCAACUCUGCAGUUUGAAGCCGCCUGGGCCCUCACCAACAUCGCCUCUGGGACGUCCUGGCACACACAGCAGGUGGUGGAGCAUGGGGCAGUUCCAGCUUUCAUCUCCUUGCUGGCCUCACCUUUGUUGCACAUCAGUGAGCAGGCAGUCUGGGCCCUAGGGAACAUUGCAGGUGAUGGUCCAGCGUACAGAGAUGCUCUGAUCGACUGCCAUGUCAUCCCUGCCCUGCUGGCUCGUAUCACACCGGAAACACCAGUGGGUUACUUGCGCAACCUGACAUGGACACUGUCUAACUUGUGCCGCAACAAGAACCCAUUUCCAGCUGUGUCUGCAGUCCAGCAGAUGCUGCCCUCUCUGAUCCAGUUGCUCCACCUCAGUGAUAAGGACAUCCUGUCUGAUGCAUGCUGGGCCAUCUCCUACCUCACAGAUGGCUCCAAUGAACGCAUUGACGUUAUAGUGAGAACCGGCAUUGUCCCUCGUCUUGUGGCGCUCAUGGGCCACGAGGAGCUCAGUGUGCUGACCCCAGCUCUUCGCUCCAUCGGGAACAUCGUGAGUGGCUCAGACCUGCAGACCCAGAUGGUGAUUGAUGCUGGCGUCCUGUCAGUCCUGCCUCAGGUGAUGAGGCACCCCAAGGCCAGCGUGCAGAAGGAAGCAGCGUGGGCCUUGUCCAACAUUGCAGCAGGACCCUGUAAGCAAAUCCAACAGGUCAUCACCUGUGGCCUGCUGCCUCCACUGGUAGAGCUACUCAGGAAUGGAGACUUCAAGACUCAGAGGGAGGCAGUGUGGGCAGUCACAAACUUCACCAGCGGGGGCACUGUGGAGCAGGUGGUCCAGCUGGUGCAGGGUGGAGCACUGGAGGCCAUCAUCAACCUGCUGCAGGUCAAAGAUGCCAAAACCAUCCUGGUGAUCCUGGAUGCCAUCAACAACAUCUUCAUGGCAGCAGAGAAGCUGGGUGAGACGGAGAAACUUUGUCUGUUGGUGGAAGAAUUGGGAGGUUUGGACCGAAUUGAGAUGCUGCAGAACCAUGACAAUGAGAUGGUGUAUCAGGCUGCACAUAAUCUCAUAGAAAAGUUCUUCAAUGAUGAUGAAAUCAAGGAACUGAAGGUGGAUACCACAGAUGAUGCAUUUGUCUUCCAGACCUCUGAAGCCGAGAAAACAUUUAAAUUUUAAUAUCUUGCUCUGUCAAGGAUGUGUGUUUCAGAUGAAUGUUGCAUUUCUAAAUAAAAUAUUUUUGUGAUACCCAU